GGGAUGGGAGUAGAAUGAGCACUAAACCGCCUCUUCUUCUCUCUCCAGCACUUCUCCAGGAGAAAAUCAGCUUCACUACAGCCCCUGUUAGACAGGGCCAUUUGUUUGUGUGUGUCCAUUCAUAGAGACGACCCACAUUCGUCAGUGUCCACUCCAGCUGUAGAGCCUGUCUGCACUGAAUGACAGAGAAGGAGACGGGAAGAAACAGGGGAAAUCUGUGGGGAGGCAGAUCUAGUUUACUCUGCUGCAAGCCUGAAGACAGGAUGGAUUUCUGCACUAAGUGAGCAAAGAGAAGCUAAACUGCACGUAUUAAGAGACUCAACAUCAAUCUUGAGAACGGCAUCAUAAAUGACUAUAGCAUGCCAAACUCCGAUCACAUGAGAUGAGUGAACACACACUUGAAGCACAGCUGGGGCAAUCUACAGGAAACUGCUUCCAGAAUGUCGGGAAUGGACGUCCUGCUGGUGGACAACAACAAGACCGGAGUCACCCCGAUAGACAAUGGGACUUUUCUGCGUUUCUCCCCGACGUCCGCCUCCACGUCGGCGGCUGCAUCGUCCCCAGGAGGUCGCCAGGGCAACGUCUAUGUCUACGUGUGGCUCUUCCUCGGGCUGCUGGUGUUCCUGCUGACGCUGCUCAUCAUCUCCCUCCACAGGCUGAAGAACAUCAUCUCAUCAUCUUCCUCGGUACCCGACUGCAGCAGCGAGGGAGGGAGCUCCUUCACCAACAUGGAGAUCUGCAGCAUCUCCUCUCAGAGGCUGAGGAUGCAUGCAAAACAAACAAAUAAACCAACAAGAAAAACUCCACAAGACCAGCUGAUGGAAUAAGAAUAUCCUCCCAUGCAUGAAUAUUUUAAUCCUGGCGGUUCAGUGACACUGAUGUCUAUAUGCAAUCUGCAUAGCUACCACAGAGGUUACAAGGUAUAAAAGUCAACAUAUCCUGCUCAACCUGACUUGAACAAAAAAUGAACCUGGUGAAUACUUUCCCAUUGCAGGGAAAACACAAAGUGAAAGACAAUUAUCCUUUUGUGUUGACUUUUUCUGUCUUUAGAAGCUUUGUAAAUCAUAUCCUGAUAUCUGUAGAUUACGCUGCAAAACCCAGCAUUCUGAAAUAUUAAAUAUCUGAACUUUGUAAACAUGA